AUGGCACUGCAAUUAGCUGAUCAUUCUUGUAGGUACCCUAUGAGUAUUGUUGAAGAUGUGCCAGUAGAAGUGGGUGGCAGCAUCAUACCCACAGAUUUUAUGGUACUAGACAUGGAGGAAGACCCAAAACUUCCAAUUGCACUGGGAAGACCCUUCCUUGCAACAGCUGGAGCCAUAAUUGAUGUGAAAAAUCAUAAACUUUCUUUGGUAAUCGGUAAAGAAAGGUUGAAGUAUGAUUUAUCUAAUUCUCCUAAUUAUGUUUCUUCUUUGUUAGUAAGUAUUUGUAGCGGGGCGGAUGCUUAUAAAGUGGAGGAAUGGAGCUUCCAUCCUCAUGGGAGGAUGCCGGAUGAAGAAUAUGAUUCGCCAAGCAUUGGGAGAAGGCCUCUAAUUAAAAAUGAAAAAUUCCUCUGCUCUCCGAGGGCAAGAAUGAAGGAAGAGGAAACAUCAUCAACCCAAGGAGGAAAAUCGGUGCCACCUUGGGUUGUAUUUUGCCUCCAUGAGUUGGCCAUGGUCCCACUUUCUGCCUCUAUGAGCCUUAUUAAUGUCUUCCGCUAG